AGGCAGGUGCGGACCCCUUCGGCCCCUCCGCGGGAACGGCUCCGGCCCCCGCCCAGCCCCGCGGAGCCGCAGCGGCGCCGUCAAUCAGCGGCGUUUCUUCCCCCGGCCUCCCCCCGCGCCUCUCCGCCCUCCCCUCCCGCACGCCUCGGCGCGCUGCAUCGGGCUCGGUUGACAGCAGCGGGCUCCGCUCCCCGUCAGCACCGAGAACCGGGCGGCGCGGCGGCUCCGCGUUGCCCGCAGCCCCUCUCCGAGCCCCCGCCGGCCGCCGAAGCAUGCGGAGCCAUGGGGCAGGGCUGCGGACACUCCAUCCUCUGCCGGAGCCAGCCGUACCAGGCGGCUGCGUCUGACCUACGGGGCCAGCAGGUUUUCCUGAAGGCGGAGGACGCCGCGCCCGGCUCCGAGGUGCUGCAGGACGCGCUGCUGAGCCUGGGGGCUGUGAUCGAUGCCUCAGGCCUGAGGGACUCCCUCCGCCAUGCGCUGGUCUCGCUGCUGCCUGCAGUGGAGCACGUCUACAUCUACCUGCUGGAGGGGGAAACCCGACUGAUCUGCGAUGACCCCCCCCAUGAGCUGCCAGCCGAGGGGAAGCUCAGGGAUGCGGUGCGGAAGCAGAAGCGGCUGGAAUGUGGGGGGCUGCCCCCCACCGAGCUCCCCAGCCAGCAGCUGGGACCCCUGGCAGCACCACUGGCCCCUGGAACGCAAGUGCUCAUCCUGCCACUGGUGGACAAGGACAGCGGGGCUGUGGUGUGCGUCAUCCUGGUGCACUGCGGCCAGCUGAGUGACCUGGACGAGCAGAACCUGCGGGCGCUGCAGAGACACACCCUGGUAGCGUUCCGGCGCCUGCAGGCCCUGCAGAAGCUGCAGCCCUGGCCCCAGGUCAGCCUCUCCACCAGCUCCUCCCAGACCUCCUUGGCCAAGGCUGAGAAGGUGCCCAACAGCAGCUACAGUGCCCUGGACUGCAAGAUCCUGCAGCUCUGCGGUGAGCUCUAUGACCUGGAUGCUGCCUCGCUCCAACUCAAGGUCGUCAACUAUCUGAAGCAGGAGACCCAGUCCCUGUGCUGCUGCCUCCUGCUCGUGUCCGAGGACAACCACCAGCUCUUCUGCCAGGUGGUGGGGGACCGUGUCCUGGAGGAGGAGAUCAGCUUCUCGCUCACCUUCGGGCGCCUGGGGCAAGUGGUGGAGGACAAGAAGUCCAUCACCUUGAAGGACAUCAGCGAGGAGGAGCACAGGCAGCUGAGCAGCAUGCUGGGCUGCGAGGUCACCUCCAUGCUCUGCGUCCCCGUCAUCAGCCGCGCCACCUCCCAGGUGGUGGCAUUGGCCUGCGCCUUCAACAAGCUGAGCGGUGAGAGCUAUACAGAGGCGGACGAGCACAAGAUCCAGCACUGCUUCUGCUACACCUCCACGGUGCUCACCAGCACCUUGGCCUUCCAGAAGGAGCAGAAGCUCAAGUGCGAGUGCCAGGCGCUGCUGCAGGUGGCAAAGAACCUCUUCACCCACUUGGACGACGUCUCCGUUCUGCUCCAGGAGAUCAUCACCGAGGCGCGAAACCUCAGCAACGCCGAGAUCUGCUCCGUGUUCCUGCUGGACCGGCUCAGCCACGAGCUGGUGGCCAAAGUGUUUGAUGGAGGAGUGGUGGACGAUGAGAGCUACGAGAUCCGCAUCCCCGCGGACCAGGGCAUCGCCGGGCACGUGGCCACCACCGGCAAGAUCCUCAACAUCAAGGACGCCUAUUCCCACCCGCUCUUCUACCGCGGCGUGGACGACAGCACCGGCUUCCGCACCAGGAACAUCCUCUGCUUCCCCAUCAAGAACGAGAGCCAGGAGGUGAUCGGGGUGGCGGAGCUGGUGAACAAGAUCAACGGGCCCUGGUUCAGCAAGUUCGAUGAGGACCUGGCCACCGCCUUCUCCAUCUACUGCGGCAUCAGCAUCGCCCAUUCUCUGCUCUACAAGAAGGUGAACGAGGCGCAGUACCGCAGCCACUUGGCCAACGAGAUGAUGAUGUACCACAUGAAGGUGUCGGAUGAUGAGUACACGAAGCUGCUGAACGAGGGCAUCCAGCCCGUGGCCACCAUCGACCCCAACUUCGCCAACUUCACCUACACCCCGCGCUCGCUGCCCGAGGAUGACACCUCCAUGGCCAUCCUGAGCAUGCUGCAGGACAUGAACUUCAUCAACACCUACAAGAUGGACCGUCAGACGCUCACCAGGUUCUGCCUGAUGGUGAAGAAGGGCUACCGGGACCCCCCGUACCACAACUGGAUGCACGCCUUCUCCGUCUCCCACUUCUGCUACCUGCUCUACAAGAACCUGGAGCUCGUCAACUACCUGGAAGACAUCGAGAUCUUUGCCCUCUUCAUCUCCUGCAUGUGCCACGACCUGGACCACAGAGGCACCAAUAACUCCUUCCAGGUGGCCUCGAAAUCAGUCCUGGCUGCGCUGUACAGCUCAGAGGGCUCCGUCAUGGAGCGGCAUCACUUUGCCCAAGCCAUCGCCAUCCUCAACAGCCAAGGCUGCAACAUCUUUGACCACUUCUCCCGCAAGGACUACCAGCGCAUGCUGGACCUCAUGAGGGACAUCAUCCUGGCCACCGACCUGGCGCAUCACCUCCGCAUCUUCAAGGACCUCCAGAAGAUGGCAGAAGUGGGCUACGACCCCAAGAACAAGCAGCACCACAGCCUCUUGCUCUGCCUGCUCAUGACUUCCUGCGACCUCUCCGACCAGACCAAGGGCUGGAAGACCACCAGGAAGAUUGCGGAGCUGAUCUACAAGGAGUUCUUCUCCCAGGGUGACCUGGAGAAGGCCAUGGGCAACCGCCCGCUGGAGAUGAUGGACCGGGAGAAAGCCUACAUCCCGGAGCUGCAGAUCAGCUUCAUGGAGCACAUCGCCAUGCCCAUCUACAAGUUGCUCCAGGACCUCUUCCCGAAGGCAUCGGAGCUCUAUGAGAGGGUGGCCAGCAACCGGGAGCAGUGGACGAAGGUGUCCCACAAGUUCACCAUCCGCGGCCUGCCCAGCAACAACUCCUUGGACUUCCUGGAUGAGGAAUACGACCCCCAGCUCAAUGGAUGCCUGGAGCCCGAGGGGGGACACCCCAUGGCAGGGGCUGAGUGAAGGGGGUGACGGGGGGGACACCAUGGAUGGUCCCGUCCCGUCCCCCCCCAGCCCACGGGGAGGAGGUUGUGGGGUGGUGGGGAUGGACACGAGUGACUGGAGCACCAUGGCGAGGGCUCAGCCAUCACCCACCUCCCCUCCAGCGGGGACUGUCCCCUUCCUGUGGGUGUUCAUUCAGGUGUCACCUUCACCUUGGGGCCCUCUUUGGUGGGACUCUGCCUUGGGGCCCUGUGGGGACACUAUGGGGACGCCAUAGGGCUGGGUGUGCUUUCAACUGCCUUAAGGCUGCAGGUUUUGUCUCCAUAGGGUGACAACGGGGACGAUGUCCUCAAUGGAAGCACCCUCAAAGGGUUCUCACCUGAAAUGGGGUCAAUGGGAUGGAGGGGGAUGAGGGGCAAUGGGAGUGCUGGUGAUGGGGUGAAUAGCGUGGGGACAUCCCUAUGGACCCCAAAGGUGGAGCCAAGGCUGGGGAGGUGGGAUGGGAGUGCUGGGGAUGGAGGAGCCAGGAUGAGACCCAUGGAAAGAGGCUGGAUCUACAUAGAGGAGGCAUCUGGGGCAGGAUGCCCAUGACCAUGGCGAUGCUCUGCCUGCAUCCAGCCCCACCACACUGGAGAACCCCCCUGCUUCUAACCCCCCAUCACCCAUGGGAGGCCCCGUGUCUUUCACCCAGCCUGGUCCCACCAAACCAUGACCCCUGCAAGGGCUACACCCGUGCCAAGGCUGCAGGAUUGGUCCCCACCACGUGGUGUCUCUGUGGCUCAGCACCGUGGUGCCCAUCCUGGAGCCUCCUUGCUGCAAGUGGCUGCACCAGUGACCAACCCGUCCAUGGCAUCACCCCGCUGUGGCCACCAUGCAUGGACCCCACCAUUGUCCCUCUGGUCCUAUAGACCACCAUGCAUGGACCCUGAUGGUCUCCUGUGGCCCCUCUGGUCCUAUAGACCACCAUGCAUGGACCCUGAUGGUCUCCUGUGGCCCCUCUGGUCCUGCAGAGCACCAUGCAUGGACCCUGAUGGUCUCCUGUGGCCCCUCUGGUCCUAUAGACCACCAUGCAUGGACCCUGAUGGUCUCCUGUGGCCCCUCUGGUCCUAUAGACCACCAUGCAUGGACCCUGAUGGCUUCUUGUGGUCCUUCUGGUCCCAUCAACUGCCAUGCAUGGACCUUACCAUCCUCCCAUGGACCCUCUGGUCCCACGGACCACCAUGCAUGGACAGCAAUGGCCUCCUGUGGUCUCCCUGGUCCUACUUAGCACCAUGCAUGGAUCCUGAUGGUUUCCUGUGGUCCCUCUGGCCAUGCAUGGACCCUGCCAGUGUCCCACCACCCCUCCUGCCUUGCUGCCUGAUGCAUAUGGACCCCACCAUCCUCCUGUGGUCCUGUUGACCACCAUGCAUGGACAGUGAUGCCCUCCUGUGGUCCCUCCUGUCCUACCAACCACCAUGCAUGGACCCCGAUGGUCUCCUGUGGUCCUUCUAACCCAUCAAUCACCAUGCAUGGACCCUUCUGGCCACCCCAUGGUCCCCCCAGCCCCACCACCAGAUACGUGUGGACCCCCCUGCUCCAUCAGCCCCACAGUGUCCCUCCAGGUCUUUGUCACCCCACUUAAAGCCACCCAAACCAGCCAUGAGCAGGAGAACCAGGGCAGGGGGAGCCAGGAAUGAGGCAUUGGGGUGCACCGAGCCCCUCUGGCUGCUCCAUCCAGCCCAUGGGAGCCGAUGGCUCCAUCACCACCACCACGGCAGAGGAAGGUGAUGGAAGCAGCACGGUGAAGUCCUGGCUCUACUGGGGUUGGUCCCGAUGGGGUUGGUCCCACCAGGAUCAAGGGCAGCUUGGCCUGGUCUCUGGGGUGCCCUGGAGCACACGUGUCUAUGGGAGCAUCAGGAGAACCUCGCCAUGGACAAAGAGAACUCAAUUCCUUUUGCCUUACCUACUCGGAGAUGCCUUUGCCCAAACCCUGGUAGGACCCAUGCGGUGACCACGUUGGCUGCUGGCUUCUCCUACAAGACCCCCCAAGCCCUUGGCCACCAUGAGAUGACACAAGGGGGGAUAUGGAUGGUCCCACAAGCAGCGAACCCCCCCCCCACUGCAAGAGGAGGAGGGUGGCUCCAUCCCUGGUGUGACACCAGCGUGGUCACGGACCAAAGUUCCUCAUCCAGCCGGUACCUGCAUCCCGGAGCCAGUGAGGGAGCCUCACACCCCAGACGGGUGCCGAUGGAUGCGGGGAUGCGGAUCCCGCCUGGGGUGCCGCGUCCCGGGUACCACGCGGCGGCGGAGCGCCGGUCCCCGGCCGCAUCCCGCUUUCCCAGCCCCUGCCGCUGGUGGGCGCUGCUCCCCCGGUUCCCGGGCAGAUCCCGGUGGAUACCGGGCGGCGGAGCCUCCGCCGGCUCCUCCGUGCCCCGCUCGCGGCGCUGCUUGUGCUGGGCUCCAGCGGAGCCCGAGGAGGCGAAUCUGCUCCUCCUGCUCCCGCUUUGUCUCCUUCUUCUCUUUAUUCUUCUCUUCCUCCUCCU